AUGUCUAUUAGUCCGCUAGGAUUCCUCACUCUGUCAGUUUACGAUGGUUUCUUCUUUAAUCAUAAGAAUACCGAAAAACGAUGGAAUCUCAGUGAUAAUAUCUUACAUGAUAUCGCUUUCUGCGCUUCUGAGACAAAUUACACCGGAUGUGUCUCACGCCUUCAAGUUGGCUCAUCAUUCCCGCUCAAAAAUCCCAAAGCUGCCAGACUGAAGCAUUCGGGAAGGAUACGUUUUGGGAGCUGCUCUAUGGAUAUAAUUGACACACGCCAGCCGAUUACCCGAUCACCGGAUGACGAGGGCAUCCAUAUUUAUGCAAUAGCCCACGCCAAAAACCACAUUAUUUCUGUCACUUGUAAGUUAACUUCAGAAUGAAA